GACUCUUCCGGUCGUUUUUAGUCUAUCAAGUCAACAUAUCUAAAACUAUCUCCCCCAAUAAUUUUAGUUCGAUUCUCAAACCUGGCUCAUACAACUAGAUUUUUAAUAGAAUAAUUUUUCCAGAUUUUUGCUGAGUUUGAAACCAAUCCGAAAUGGGUAAACUAUGGCCCCAGAGAAUGUCUCAUAAAGGGAGUACUCCCAAUCUCGGGAAACUUCCGGGUUCUGAACUGGUUGCAGAAUGCUGUGCGCUGAGCACUUUUCAUAGAAAUGAAUGGGGACGCCAUCUCGGAAGACAGAAGUUGCUGUCUCUAGGAAUAUAACUCUAUGAUGCAGACAGUGUUGUGAGUCUCAAGAUCUCCUACUGGCCAAUCAUACUUGAUCAUGGGCGGAGACCCGAAAGAGAAGUCACCUUAAGGCUCUAGAAAGACUACAGAGAGAGACUCAACCAGAAACAGCAGUAACUAGACAACGGAUCAACCAGAGAGAAACAAGCUUCCAUAGAGUAGAUACAAGACAGGAUCCAGAGAGACCAGACAGAGAACAAAGAGAGAGCGGAGUUAUGGAGACACAUCACGAUGAUGCAUGUGAGAAGAGCCUUUCCUCCUCCAGUGGCCUCCAGAACCACAUGAGGAACCACACUGGAGAGAAGCCCUACCGCUGUGACCUCUGUGGUAAAACCUUUAGCCGUGCUAGCAAAUUCACAACUCACAGCCGAAUCCACACUGGAGAGAGGCCCUACAGCUGUGACCUCUGUGGUAAAACCUUUAGCCAGAUUGGCAAUUUCAGACAUCACAAGAGGAUCCAUACUGGAGAGAAGCCCUACAGCUGUGACCUCUGUGGUCAAACCUUUAAAAGUGAGAGCAGUUUGACAGUUCACCACAGAAUCCACACUGGAGAGAAGCCCUACAGCUGUGAGCUCUGUGGUAAGACCUUUACCCACGCUAGCAGUAUGACAAUUCACAGCAGGAUCCACACUGGAGAGAAGCCCUACAGCUGUGACCUCUGUGGUAAAACCUUUAGCCAGGCUGGCCAUUUCAGAGAUCAUAGCAGGAUCCACACUGGUGAGAAGCCUUACAGCUGUGAUUUCUGUGGUAGAACCUUUACCCAUGCUAGCAGUUUCACAGAUCACUGCAGAAUCCACACUGGAGAAAAGCCCUACAGCUGUGACCUCUGUGGUAGAACCUUUAGCCGUUCUAGCAGUUUUAGAGUUCACUGCAGGAUCCACACUGGAGAGAAGCCCUACUACUGUGACAUCUGUGGUAAAACCUUUGGCAGAUAUAGCAGUUUGACAGUUCACAGCAGAAUCCACACUGGAGAGAAGCCUUACAGCUGUGACCUGUGUGACUAUUCAGGUAAAACAUUUGACCAUCUGAAGAGGCACCUGCGCGUUCACAACAGAAAAACCCCAAAGCAGUGAUGUCUGGGGCCAAGCUUUCCCAGCAGUCACCACAUGAGCGAAGCAGGUUCAGGCAUGGCACCCGGGCAGCGCGCGUCAUAUCACCCAUCGCCGUGUUCCUAGCCAUAGGCUUAGCUUGAUGGGCGGCGCUAUAAAGUUGUUACAUGCACGCACACGCAUCCUCGAUGACCUUUGUGUUCUGCCUUGCUGCCACCCGCCACCAUCCCCUUCUCCCCCAUGUUGUCUGUCUUCUCCCCGUGGGGGAUUUAACUCGUUGCUCCAUGCCUCAUGUCAUGCAUGCUGCAGUGAAGGCAGGGAACGCAUCCCCAUGUACAUCCAUUCCGACAAUGUAAAACCAUUUGUCAUGUAUAUUAAGUAUGUGUAUGAAUAAAUGGUGAAAUAAAUCACCUGAGUGUCUUGGCUGAACUGAGAGAGCUGGGAGAAUUACCGGCCUACAACAAAAAAAUCAAAAAUCCUCUGCUGUUAGACUGCUCCUCCCAAUGUUUCUUCCAUUUUGUUGUUGUAACUUUUAUUGAUGUAAGACUGUUUAGCCUGUGUUCGAUCCUUGUCCAGGGGGAAAGGCCAUAACACUUAACAAACACACAAGACCGAACACGCAUGCAAACAUGGCGAGGGACGUAACAGCCCGUGUUCUGCACCUCUCUUUCACCAACUGUCUUUGAAGGAGGGGAGCACUGAACUGCUUUUCCCAAGGUGCUUUUUUGGGGGG